GUCCGGCAACUGAGAAAACGCGACGGAAUCAGCGUAUAGAGAAGAAGGCAGCGGAGAUCAGGCUUCAGGUAUCUCCUCUCGCGUCGUAUACUUCCUUCUGCGAGUCCAAGAUGGCGGAUACCUUCCUUUUCACCUCUGAGUCUGUCAACGAGGGGCACCCCGAUAAGCUCUGCGACCAGAUCUCCGAUGCAGUCCUCGACGCUUGUUUGGAGCAGGACCCAGACAGCAAGGUUGCCUGCGAAACCUGCACCAAGACCAAUAUGGUGAUGGUCUUCGGCGAGAUCACCACCAAGGCCGACGUUGACUAUGAGAAAAUCGUCCGUGCUACUUGCCGUUCCAUCGGAUUCACUUCCGAUGAGGUCGGCCUCGACGCGGACCGCUGCAACGUGCUUAUGUACAUCGAGCGGCAAUCCCCUGACAUCGCUCAGGGGGUUCACGGCCACUUCACCAAGCGCCCGGAGGAGAUCGGCGCCGGUGACCAGGGCCACAUGUUUGGCUAUGCGACCGAUGAGACCCCUGAGUUGAUGCCCCUCAGCCAUGUCCUUGCUACGAAGCUGGGCGCUCGCCUCACCGAGGUCCGCAAGAAUGGAACUUGCGCUUGGUUGAGGCCGGAUGGUAAGACUCAAGUGACUGUGGAGUACCGCAAUGACAACGGCGCCAUGGUUCCCGUCCGUGUCCACACCGUCCUCAUCUCCACCCAACACGAUGAGACGGUGACUAAUGAUGAGAUUGCGGCUGACCUCAAGGAGCACGUCAUCAAGGCCGUCGUUCCCGAGCAAUACCUCGAUGAGAAGACCAUCUUCCACCUUAACCCUUCUGGACGUUUCGUCAUCGGAGGUCCUCAUGGCGAUGCUGGGCUCACCGGUCGCAAAAUCAUUAUCGAUACCUAUGGCGGCUGGGGAGCACACGGUGGCGGUGCCUUCUCCGGGAAGGAUCCUACCAAGGUUGAUCGCAGUGGAGCUUACAUUGCCAGGCAGGCAGCCAAGAGCAUUGUGGCCAAUGGGCUCGCCCGCCGUUGCAUCGUGCAGGUCUCAUACGCCAUCGGCGUGCCCGAACCCCUCUCUGUUUUCGUUGAUACCUACAGAACAGGGAAGAUCCCUGAUAAGGAGAUACUGACGAUUGUUAAGGAGAAUUUCGACUUCAGGCCGGGAAUGAUCACCAUUAACCUUGACCUAAAGAAGGGCGGCCACAGGUUCCUGAAGACAGCGGCUUAUGGACAUUUUGGCAGGGAUGACCCAGACUUCACCUGGGAGGUAGUCAAGCCCCUCAAGUGGGAGAAAUAAUCUGCCUAAAUUGGAUCUUGACCUACUACUUCCAGUGAUGUAUCCAAACUAUGAUCUUUCUUUCGACUAUGUUGCAUGGGUUUGUCCCUUAAUAAUUUUAGUUUAGCUUGCUACAUGUUUGUACUAGAACGAUAAUUUGGAGUUUGAAACAAACUUAAUAGCUGUAAUUGUUGGAUGGAAGAAAAAGGCAUCUUUUAUA